CAUCCCCUGCCCCAUUGAUGUGUUAUUACUGGGGGGGCUGGAGCAGUAAAAAAAGAAGAAGGAAAAAAAGAGCGGGGCUUGGCGGUGAGAGGUUGUGCGCGGGGCUGCAGGGCAUCGGUGGCGAUGGAAGAACUGACGGCGUUCGUCUCCAAGUCUUUUGACCAGAAAGUGAAGGAGAAGAAAGAGGCGAUCACCUACCGGGAGGUGCUGGAGAGCGGGCCGCUGCGAUGGGGCAUGUCACCCUCCGGUCGCCCGGGGGUUUGGGACCGCCGCAAAGAACCGCUAGAACUCGGCGAAGACCCUGGAUCCCUGGAUGUUGGGGGGCCAAACUUCGCAUUCUCUUUGGGCUAUGAAGUAUUUACACAAUUCCGCUUACUGCUUCGCCUCAUCCAGUACUCUGGUUUUGUGCGUGGAAAAUCCUCUGGUGCCAGCAAAGUUUAUCUCUGUGUCUGUGUGCUGCUGUAUGCGCGCGUGGACGUCCGUGUGGCCCUGUACAUCGUGGCGCCCCAUCCAGUGUCCCCGGAGCUGAGGGAUCGAAAGGAGGAUGCGAAAGGGAUGGAGGACGAAGGCCAGACCAAGAUCAAGCAGAGGCGAAGUCGGACCAAUUUCACCCUGGAACAACUCAACGAGCUGGAGAGGCUUUUUGAUGAGACCCACUACCCGGACGCCUUCAUGCGCGAGGAGCUGAGCCAGCGGCUGGGGCUGUCGGAGGCCCGGGUGCAGGUUUGGUUCCAAAAUCGAAGAGCUAAAUGUAGAAAACAAGAAAAUCAACUCCAUAAAGGCGUCCUCAUAGGGGCUGCCAGCCAGUUUGAAGCUUGUAGAGUUGCACCCUAUGUCAAUGUAGGUGCUUUGAGGAUGCCAUUUCAGCAGGAUAGUCAUUGCAACGUGACGCCCUUGUCCUUUCAGGUUCAGGCGCAGCUGCAGCUGGACAGCGCCGUGGCGCACGCGCACCACCACCUGCACCCGCACCUGACACUUUGCGAUCAAUUGAAUGAAAAUAGUAUUGUUUCAUUUGAUGGGGUUCGCGUCAUCUUUGUUCCUGUUGUUAUUAAACUAUCCGAGAUAGUCUUUCCUUCUUCCUUUUUGAUGAAUGUGUAUCUGUCGAUUACACCAACUUGGAAAGCGCUCACCUCUGCGCCUACAAGCCGCAAUCACGGGGCCGUGAGAACAGUGACUCUGUGA